ACUUAAUUUUCCUCUGUUCUUCUUUUUUUUCUCUUCUCCUGUUUUUGUAGUUUAAAAAAAUAAAAAUAAAAGGUGAAAUGGCGGGUGAGCAAAUGAAACCUGUUGCUUCUCUACUUCUGGUGCUGAACUUCUGCAUGUAUGUGAUUGUUUUAGGGAUUGGAGGAUGGGCCAUGAACCGAGCAAUCGACCACGGUUUCGAAAUUGGCCCUGAUCUCAAGCUGCCAGCACAUUUCUCCCCAAUUUAUUUUCCGAUGGGAAACGCAGCCACAGGAUUCUUUGUGACAUUCGCGUUACUUGCUGGAGUAGUUGGUGCGGCUUCCACAAUCUCAGGCCUUAGCCACAUUCGUUCUUGGACCGUGAGAAGCUUACCGUCUGCAGCCUCAGCUGCAACUAUUGCAUGGACUCUCACAGUCCUAGCCAUGGGAUUCGCCUGGAAAGAAAUCGAGCUUCACGUGCGAAAUGCCAAACUGAGAACCAUGGAGGCGUUCUUGAUCAUACUCUCAGUCACACAGCUUCUUUACAUCGCUGCUGUUCACGGCAUGAGGAGUCCUACCUAAGGAAUCAUGAGCUUUCGGGUUUCUUUCAACUUUUCAUGUCAUUCUGUGCUGAGUAUUUGUGCGUGUGUGAUGUUAUUUUCAUAGGAAGUUGAACAAAAAGCUUAAGUUAAAUUCAUGCAUUCUUUCUGUACAAAAGGGUCAGAUCUUGUUUUGGGUGCGUGUCAUUUUGUGUUCAUGGAAUAAAAUCAAACUUUGAGGCUU